UUCUACAAACCCCAGUCAUCUCUAAGAAUAAACUUUUCAAAACAGCAGCCUGUGUCAACCUGAAUCAUUCUGGGAUCUGGUUUGGGAAAAUGACCCAGCUAAUGACUUCAUGUUAAUGGUCUAUAUAAGUCGAGAGAAAACCAGGCUGCUGCAGAGUGCACUCGGAGCUGAUCCAAGGGAAAAACUGCCUCUAAGAGCACUAAUAUUGGAUGAGCACCCCAGCUAUGUCACAGGCAGCCCCCGUGAAAAAGAAGCGUCCUCCAGUGAAGGAAGAAGAUCUCAAAGGGGCUAGAGGAAAGCUCUCCACCAACCAGCAAAUUAAAUCCAAAACCUACCAAGUCAUGAAGCAAUGCGAACAAGAGGGCUCUGCGGCACCUUCCAUAUUCAGUCAAGAUCGGACAGGAGGUGAAACAGCCUUUGAGAAGCCUAAAGAAGAGCCACCAAAGAGCAUCUUUGGCUGAUAACCAAGUUUAACCUGUGUGACAAAGAUCCCUAAUGUAACACUUAAUCCCAAAUUGCUGUCGCUUAUACUAAACUUAUUGCUGCACUAGUAAAUCAACUUAAUUCUUUCAAAUUAGUCAUUAAUUAGGAGGACUACAACUUCCUUUUAUAAGUUUAAGUAUUUUCUUUCUUUAUUGUACAUGCUGUAAUGGUUUCAAUAAGAACCUAGUCACUGGACACAGGCCGGCAUAGUAAUGACCAAUUUCUACUUAAAUGACGUAUGUGGUUUUUUUAAGACUUAUGUUCCAGAGCUGUGAUCUAGUUAAAUUUUCGAUAUAAUCUUAAGUGCAAAACUAGUAAAAUAAAUGAAUGAUAUGGAUUUGAUUUCAGUACAAUUCCUUCUAACUGUAAAUGUUUUUAUACUAUUGCUAUUUUCACAGUUGACCACAUAAUUUUGCAAAAACAUGAUAAAAGACUUUUUAUCUGUA